GCAUGAGGCUUCUGUUCGGGACGGUGGCUGUGCACAAGCGGGCGCACAUGGGGGGCACCAGGCUUAGAAACGCGAGCGUGUGGCUUUGCGGACUGCUUUGCUUGUUACAGGUUGUGCCUUCCAUAAAUGCAGAUGUUUCUGGAUGCAAGCCUGGAUUUUCUUCUGCCGAAUACAUUUUUUCUGUGAACCGUAGGGAGCUGGAGAGGGGCAGAAAGCUAGGCAAAGUGAACUUUAGCGACUGCACAACCCGGAAACAUGGUUUAUAUGACGUGGGAGACUCUCGAUUCAGGGUGCUGCCAGAUGGCACUGUUCUAGUAAAACGCCAUGUGAAACUUCACAAGGACACCAAAUUUACAAUCAGUACGUGGGAUGCACGUGGCAAUAAGCACUCUACUAAUAUUGCUGUUGCAAGCAAACGCCAUCGAUCUGGAGAGGAAGCUCAUUCAAGAUCUUCAAAACUACCAGUGCUGACAUUUCCAGAGACGCACACAGGCCUCAAAAGGAAGAAGAGAGACUGGGUCAUCCCUCCUAUAAAGGUUUCUGAGAAUGAACGUGGCCCUUUCCCCAAACGUCUCGUGCAGAUCAAAUCCAACAAAGACCGGUUUAAUAAGGUUUACUACAGUAUUACUGGGCAAGGGGCCGACAACCCUCCUCAAGGAGUUUUUCGUAUAGAGUGGGAGACCGGAUGGAUGCUAGUUACUCGGCCUUUGGAUCGUGAAGAGUAUGAUAAAUAUGUGCUGUCUUCUCAUGCCGUUUCUGAGAAUGGUUCUCCUGUGGAGGAACCGAUGGAAAUAACCAUCAAUGUGAUUGAUCAGAAUGAUAACCGUCCCAAAUUCACACAAGAUGUGUUCAGAGGAUCUGUCAGGGAGGGUGUGCAGCCAGGCACCCAGGUGAUGGCUGUAUCUGCAACAGAUGAAGACGACAAUAUAGACAGCCUGAACGGUGUCCUUUCCUAUUCCAUUCUGAAGCAGGAUCCUGAAGAACCAAUUCCUAACUUGUUUACCAUAAACCGUGAAACCGGAGUGAUUAGCUUGAUUGGGACAGGUUUGGACAGAGAGAAAUUUCCAGAAUAUACCCUUACUGUCCAAGCUACAGAUCUGGAAGGCGCAGGACUCUCCGUAGAGGGGAAAGCUAUUAUUCAGAUCACUGAUGCAAACGACAAUGCUCCAAUUUUUGAUCCAAAAACUUAUACAGCACUGGUCCCAGAGAAUGAAAUUGGUUUUGAAGUUCAGAGACUGUCUGUUACAGACUUGGAUAUGCCUGGUACGCCUGCAUGGCAGGCAGUCUACAAGAUAAGGGUUAACGAAGGAGGUUUUUUUAAUAUUACAACAGAUCCCGAGUCUAAUCAAGGAAUACUAACAACUGCUAAGGGUCUGGAUUUUGAACUGAGGAAACAGUACGUGCUUCAAAUCACUGUAGAGAAUGCUGAACCUUUCUCUGUUCCACUACCAACCUCGACUGCUACAGUUACUGUGACUGUGGAGGAUGUCAAUGAAGCCCCCUUCUUUGUACCAGCUGUCAGUAGAGUUGAUGUAUCUGAAGACCUUUCACGUGGAGAGAAAAUUAUUUCACUUGUAGCGCAGGACCCUGAUAAGCAACAGAUACAAAAAUUAAGCUACUUCAUUGGCAAUGACCCAGCUCGCUGGCUUACAGUAAAUAAGGACAAUGGCAUUGUCACUGGAAAUGGCAACUUGGAUCGUGAGUCAGAGUAUGUCAAGAACAAUACAUAUACAGUCAUCAUGCUGGUGACAGACGAUGGUGUUCCAGUUGGCACUGGCACCGGGACGCUCAUUCUACAUGUGCUGGAUGUAAAUGACAAUGGUCCUGUCCCCAGCCCUCGAGUCUUCACCAUGUGUGAUCAAAAUCCAGAGCCCCAAGUAUUAACAAUCAGUGAUGCUGACAUCCCUCCAAACACCUACCCAUACAAAGUUUCACUUUCACAUGGCUCUGAUUUAACAUGGAAGGCUGAACUUGACAGCAAAGGAACAUCAAUGCUUCUAAGUCCAACACAGCAGCUGAAGAAAGGAGACUACAGCAUUUAUGUGCUUCUGUCUGAUGCACAAAAUAAUCCGCAGCUGACUGUGGUGAAUGCAACUGUAUGCAGCUGUGAGGGAAAAGCAAUAAAAUGCCAGGAAAAGCUUGUCGGUGGUUUUGAUCUGCCAAUUAUCCUUGUGAUCUUGGGUUCAGUCUUGGCUCUGUUGAUACUAUUCUUGCUGCUGCUCCUGUUUCUGAAGAGAAAGAAGGUUGUGAAGGAGCCUCUACUUUUGCCAGAGGAUGAUACCAGGGAUAAUAUAUUUUAUUAUGGAGAGGAAGGUGGAGGAGAGGAGGAUCAGGAUUAUGACUUGAGCCAGCUGCACAGAGGCCUAGAUUCUCGUCCAGACAUAAUGAGAAACGAUGUGGUUCCCACCUUGAUGCCUGCCCCACAUUACAGACCUCGUCCUUCAAACCCAGAUGAAAUUGGUAACUUCAUUGAUGAGAACUUGGAUGCAGCUGACAAUGACCCCACUGCUCCCCCAUAUGACUCUCUUUUAGUGUUCGAUUAUGAAGGCAGUGGCUCUGAAGCUGCAUCGCUCAGCUCCCUGAACUCUUCCAACUCGAAUGAUGAACAUGAUUACAACUAUUUGAGUGAUUGGGGCCCCCGCUUCAGAAAGUUAGCAGAUAUGUAUGGUGGAGAUGAUGAUGAAGAGUAGA